AUGAAACUAUUCGCAAAGAAACCAGCCUUUCUGGCGCCAGCAGCGGAGAGAACGAAAGAAGAGCGAGAGUUUGUGAGACGGCUUGACAUAUUCUUGAUGACCUUUGGAUGUAUCUCGCAAGUGAUCAAGUAUCUCGAUCAGCAGAAUAUCAACAAUGCUUAUGUCUCCGGCAUGAAAGAGGAUCUCUCCCUCUACGGCAAUGAGCUCAACUACUUCACGACCGCAUUCAACGUCGCAUACUGCAUUAUGCUGAUUCCGUCCCAAGUCAUCAUGACCUAUGUCCGACCUUCAUUCUGGCUUCCUGGACUCGAAAUUGGCUGGGGCAUCCUCACAGGGCUGAUGGCGAUGGUGACGACCGCCAAACAGGUUUAUAUCAUUCGAGUCUUCCUCGGAGCAUUCGAGAGCAGCGCUUGGCCUGGUAUGAUGACUCUCUUCAUGCACUGGUACACACCCACGGAGCUUGCCAAACGCAUGGGAUUUUAUCACAGCUGUCAGGCGAUCGGGAAUAUGUUGUCGGGAGCUCUGCAGGCUGCCAUCAUGGGGACGAUGGACGGGCAUGCCGGACUUGCCGGAUGGCGAUGGCUCUUUGUUAUUAACGCCAUCAUCACUGUCUGUUGGGGCUUUCUCGGUGUGGUGAUGUUGCCGGACUAUCCCAACAAGAGGAACCCGAGAGCUUUCUGGUAUACGAGGAAUGACCAAGAGCUGGCUAUUGGGAGAUUGAUCAAGCACAAGAGGGCUGAGCCGAGGCCUGUUACUUGGGCGAGUGCGAAGCGGACGUUCUCAUCUUGGGUGGUUUACUUUAUCGCCAUCAUGUACGCUGGCAUCGUCCUUGCCACGUAUGGAUACAAUUACUUCGGCCUCUUCCUCAAAGCUCAGAAGAAGGCUGACGGCUCAAAGCGAUGGACGACCGAGCAAGUCAAUGUGAUUCCAAUUGCAGGUGGCGCCAUCAAUGUAGUAUUCGUUUGGACUUGGGCACUGCUCUCCGACUUACUACAAACGAGGUGGACUCUGAUUGUUGUCCAAGGAUUGAUCUGUCUGAUACCUUGCAUCAUCAUGUCUAUUUGGACUCGCCACCCGACGAGUGUCCCCAUAGCGGCUGCUUAUGCAAGCUACUUUAUCAACUAUAUGGCGCUCGGAACGGCGCCCCUCAUCUUUGCUUGGGUAUCUGACCUCAUCCCCCAAGACCCGGAACAACGCAGCUUGAUCGUCGGGGUUGCUGUUGCCGGGUACUAUGCGAUUGGGGCCUGGUCACAGGUCCUGGUGUGGCCCGCAAGCCAAGCGCCAUAUUACAAGUACGGGUGGCAGUCUUGCAUCGCGCUCUGGGUUCUUUGCAUUGCGAUGACCUGUACCUUACGAUACAUUGAUGUUCGGUACCUGCUGCCGAAGCGGUUGGCAUUUGCUGAAGCUGUCGACAAUGGCGAGGUUGCUGUUGCUGGCCAUGUUGUUGCCAAGAGUACAGGCAGUAGUGAUGAGGUGGUGGCGGAAGGUGACAAGAAUGAUGGUGUGCGGAAGACUGCAACAGUCAGUGUGAGGGGUGAUUCGAGUAAGCUCUAG